UGAUUACUGAUUAUACUCUUCCUUAAAAAAAAAAGCCUGCGGUGGAGGGUGGAGACCUUCGCAAUAAUUUUCGGUUCCCAGUCUCUAUAUAUUUCACUUCUCACAAGAGCCCCGACUUGGUGCUAGUUCUCUGAGUUACUGUGCGAGUGAUUUUACGAAGAGCUGUUGUUAGGUUUGGGAGAGAAAUGGCGUUGCAAAAGGCCAAGGAUAUCGUUUCGUCCAAUCCUGUCGUCGUUUUCAGCAAGUCGUACUGUCCGUUCUGCGUGACCGUGAAGCAGCUUUUGACUCAAUUGGGCGCCACGUUCAAGGCCAUUGAGUUGGACACUGAAAGUGAUGGAAAAGAGAUACAAGCAGCUCUAGCAGAGUGGACUGAACAGAAGACUGUGCCCAAUGUAUUCAUCGGCGGGAACCACAUUGGUGGCUGUGACAAAACCACAGCCUUACACAAGGAGGGCAAGCUGAUUCCUCUGCUGACAGAAGCUGGAGCUCUUCCCAAGUCUUCUGCAUAAAGUUCCAUGGAUAAAGAUAUGGAUUAUUAGUGUCCAGUUUUAUGAUGUUUGUCUAAUCUGUCCCAACUUUUUCAAAAACUUAAAUAACAUGGGACUUGAAGUUCUGUACUGUGGUUAAAGAUCUAGUGAGCAUUCCAUAUCUCUC